AAAAAUAUUUUAAUAAUAACAUAUAUAUUUAUAAAUUAAAGAAAAAAUGCGCGAUUAAGCAGUAAUUUUAUCGAUAGUCGAAAAAAAAUUUGUCAUUUUAGUUUGCGAAAUGCACCUCAUCCGAAAUUUUAGGUUAGGUUAGGAGUCCUCGAGAUACCUGCUUGAAUAUAAAAAUUAUAAAAAAUGUCGAAAUCAGGGGGAAGAAAAAUGAUUAAGAAACUGACCGAGAAGGUUGAUCAUUCGUCCAAAUUACGCACAAAUGUUCUCGCAGGUAUGGCGUCAUCCGCACCGCCUCUUGGAUCUCAGCUCGGACAGAGAAAUAUCAACAUUGCAAAUUUUUGCAAAGACUUCAACCAGAGGACAAUCAAUAUGAAGGAAGGUAUCCCUUUGCCAUGUCGUGUGAAAGUGCAUUCGGACAGAUCAUAUAAUUUAGUGAUUCACAAUCCACCUGCAACAUAUUACUUAAAACAAGCAGCUGGGAUACAAACAGGAAGAAUGAAGAAGGGUGAAGUGGCUGGUAAGAUAACUCUGAAACAUUUGUAUGAAAUUGCUAAGAUCAAGUCAGAAGAUCCUCCUCUGGCAUUACUCUCCUUGAAGGACAUCUGUAAUAUGAUGGUUGGAAUUGCACGUUCAUGUGGCAUUGAGAUUGUGCGUGAGAUAGAUCCAGAAGAAUAUAAAGAAUUCCUGAAGAACAGGAAAGAGGAGAUUGCAAAGUAUCGUGAAGAAUUACGAUUAGCUAAAGAGAGUAAGAUGCUCAGAACAAAUUAAUUUGUAAUUUUAUAGUAGUGUACUUAUAAAUUUCUGUUAACUAUAAUUUUACUGUACAUACAUUUAAUAAAAUUUACAUACAGUUAUA